CGGCGCGGCGGCGGCCGCUGCGCCUUGAGAGCCCAGCACGGCCCAGCGCAGGAUAGGACGGCACGGCACAGCACAGCCCAGCCCGGGACGGCACAGCAAAGCACGGCGCGGCAGAGCGGUGGGUGUGACAGCAGCCCGCACCGGGGGGUAGCGGUGGCCCGGCCCCGGCCCGCGGCAGAGCUUUUUGAUGCAGGGAACCCAACUGGUUUUAGAAGAAGUCAGAUUUGGUUAUGACUCUGCCUGGUACUGCGGUAUUCUCCUCACCACAGCACCUUCUGCACAUUUACAGGCUGACUACUUGAAGGUGGCAGAUCUGGGUCUUCUCAUCCUGUGCCUCUUGCAAGAUAAAAAGAAGGGGAAAGAUAUCACUGGAGUGUCUCUGAUAAGGUCUGAGAAGUGCUAGCAGUCCUCGUACAAGGAAGUGUCUUCACCUGAAACCAAACUGGUUGCUCAUUUGCCAGUUGCAGAGGAGGAGAAACUAAUGUAAAGCAAGUGACCAUGCAGAAUGCAGUUCAGGUGUGGUUUGGAGAUGAGCUUCCCUUGAGUCCCCGAAGUCCUCUGACUCCGAGGCAUGGGCCGGGUCUGGCAGACGUGUGCCUCUAUGACCAAUGGAUAUCUGUGCGGCACGAAGCCACUUUGGUGCCUAUGCAGGAAGAUCUCUCCAUUUGGCUGUCUGGCUUGCUGGGAAUGGAAGUCAAAGCAGAACAACUGCUAGAAGAACUUGAUAAUGGAGUACUGCUUUGCCAAUUGAUUGAUGUUCUUCAAAACACAGUUAAAGAAUGUUGUAGCACAAAUAACUUAAGGAAUUUUCCUAUGAGAAAAAUUCCAUGUAAGAAGGAUGCUCCAUCAGGAUCUUUUUUUGCCAGAGAUAAUACAGCCAACUUUCUUAACUGGUGUAGAGCCAUUGGAGUUGAUGAGACAUACCUCUUUGAAUCUGAAGGCUUAGUGUUGCACAAGGAUCCAAGACAAGUAUAUCUUUGUCUGCUGGAAAUUGGGCGCAUUGUAUCCGGGUAUGGAGUUGAACCUCCUGUACUUGUAAAACUAGAGAAGGAAAUUGAGCUAGAAGAAACCCUGCUUAUGACCUCUGGGCCACCAUCACCUCUUAGCACACCAAAGUCAUGUUGUCACCCUGGGGAGCUACACGAGGCAGUAAAACAUAUAGCAGAAGAUCCUCCCUGCAGUUGUUCCCAUAGAUUUUCAAUUGAAUACUUGUCAGAGGGACGUUAUAGGCUGGGAGAUAAAAUACUCUUCAUACGAAUGUUACAUGGCAAGCAUGUGAUGGUGCGUGUUGGUGGAGGCUGGGACACUCUUCAAGGUUUUCUGCUGAAAUAUGAUCCAUGCCGAGUGCUUCAGUUUGCCACUCUGGAACAAAAAAUCCUGGCAUUUCAGAAAGGGGUCACCAGUGACAGUGUCCCCAGCUUGUCAGCUAGAAAUCAGGAGCCUCCUCUUAUGAAUCCUAUUUCAGCUGUCAAUAUGUUUCAAAAGCAGCCAUCAAAACCUCCUGCUCCUGCUUUACGUCUUGGUGCCAGUGCCAAGAAGGCUUUAGCUAAACGUCCUCAGUCCCCUGCCCUGGCAUCACCAGCAGUGACCCCAUCUUCCACUGCCAAGUCAUCCACGGUCAGGUCCAAAUUACAAGGGUCCUCAGCAACAGGUGUGCAGUCUCCUUUCAAACCAUUAGCUGGCACCUCAAAGAAACUGGAGUCUCCUGCAUGCAGCUCACCAGCUUCUGCUCCUUCACAGCCUGGAAGCAAAAGUUCUUCACGUGCAGGAACAAGAACAGCUCCUGUUUCUUCUGAAACGUUGCGCAAACGUAUUCGGUCCCCCGAUGCUUCCAAAGUGAAAUUUGCCCUGCCUCGGGGCUCCCCAGCACCAGCACUCCAUCGUGCCCCCUCACCCUCUAAAAAACAACCAUCUCUCUUGUCUGAGACAGCUGGAACACCUACUUCAAAACAGAAGUGUGUCCCUGCUAAAUGCAGACCUGUAUCUGUCACUAAAACCAAGGUGAAUUCAGCCACUCCCAGGGCUACUCGGCUGCCGGUUACAAAUCUGCACUCCGUUGCCAAGUUUGCACAUUCUCAGCAACUCCUUGCAAAACCUCCUGAAAAUGAUAUUCAGAUCUCAGGUGCUGGGUCUCAGCAUCCUCGGAGAGCCCCACAAACAACUUCUCACCUAGCAAGGAACUUGAAAACUGCUUCCCUGCUAAAACUUUCUGCUUCUGCACCUUCCCUUGCCAUUAGCAAAGCAUCUAAUUCACCACCUCCAUUGUUACCUACAAGCAAAAAUGUGUCAUCAGCUGGCAGAAAGCAGCCAAAUGCCAGUAAUCCCCCUCAGGAUGGACCCUCUUUAUCCAAACCUGCUGAACGCACACCUUUGUCUGUUGUACGGCUCCCUCAAACUUCAGCCAAAGCAGCAGUGACCAAAAAGCCAGCACAGCCUUCCACAAAAGGUCAGCAUUCAACCAAAAACUUGCAAACAAACAAAAGCUUGGCCCCAGCAGCCAAGAAGCCACUGCCUAAGGAGCAGGCAUAUAACAAAGGAACACCUGGUGCAUCAAAAGUUCCUCUUAUGAAGAGCAGGCAAGAUGAUCACUAUUUUGUUAUGACAGGGACUAAAAAGCCCAGAAAGUAAACUAAUUUGUUACUUUCUGUGGAAGUCUCUGUUUUGUUUAAAAGGGCCUCUUGUAACUGCUACACUGAGGACAAGGAAAAAAGCUAAAUAACACUACAUUUAAUAUGAAAUAUUAGGUAUAACCUGCCUUUUGCUGCCUAACUUACUGUAAGAACUGUGUUUAUUUUGUGGUUUAGAAACUUCUAUUUGGAUAUGUUUAGAAGUGAGCUUACUUGCUGCAUGGCACUGUGGAAUGGCAAAUAUCCUUGGUCUGCUGCAAAAAAGUGUGGGAGAGGAAAGGGGAAUUAAGGCUGAUGCUUUUGCAGCAGAACUCUGGUGGUUCUGGCACAGCUGCAUUGAGGUGUGUGGCAAGCAACAGAGCUGUGCACAAGCUGUAAAAUUUCUAAUACCUCAAACAAAACUGGUUUUUUCACUGGUAUCCCAGAACCCAAAUCUGGGUCACAUGUUUUGGAAAGAGAAGAAUUUUCUAGUCCUGUUUAGAUUUGACAGAUGCUGUUAUCAGUGUUCAUUGUGCCCCCCCAAAAGCCUUAAAGUAGAUUCAGCUCACUUGGAAGUGGAGCUUGGUUUGUUUUAAACUGGACACCAAUAAUCAUGGCCUUUAUUGCUUACUUUCAUUGUGCCUUAGCCUCUUAAAUUCCGAUCAGAACUCUCCAGUGAGCAAUACUACCUUUAAAACCCAGGGCAGAUAACUUGCUUAGUCCAUGUUCAAAUCUGACUAGCUUUCCUAGAAAGCUCUUGCUGUAUGGAGGGAUGUUUCUAGUUUUAGGGAAGACACUUGCCCCUGGGCUGGAGCCCCCCAGCAGUUCCUACUCCUGGGCUGGAGCCCCAAAACAGCUCCUGCUGCAGCAACACUGAGCUGCAAGCACUGGCCUGUUCUAGCAGAGCUUUACUGCAGAGCUUUACUGCACAGUGGCCUUUGCAUGGAAGACUGAGAUGCCAAAUACUUUUCUUAGUGCUACGGGUUAAUUUUUGUUGGCACUCUAUUCUGCAGUGGCCUUUCUUGUUUUAUUUGUGGAGACCUCUUUCCUGUCUCUCCUCUAUCACUCUCUGGAGGUGAGAAAUAGUUUCUCAAAGAGGAAUAUAGUCUUCAUUUGACUUUAAACAUCUUAAAGUGCCAGAAAGCUAUGCACUGUUUACACCCAUCUCCUGAAGUCUUUCAGUGAGUUAAACAUCUUUGGUGCUCAACACCUUUACCCUUGAGAAGUGAGCUUCAUGGGAGAUGGAAAACUACUGUCUUUGGGAGUAGUGCUGUUUGGGUUAUUUUGGGGUUUAUGAACAGUUGUCCCUCCAGACUCUGAGGAGCUCUGAAGGUCUUUGAAGACACACUGAUGGUUUCCACAGGCCAUCACUUCUGCCCUCCAUUCUAUUACUUCUGCCCCCCAGUCUAUUUAUGGGCAAGAGUGGAUGUCACUGCCAUAAAGGCUCCUGGAUGGUGGAACUGGGAAGUCUUUUUAAAGGAGCAGAGUUCCAUGGAAUAUGUAGUUUCUGUUGUUAAGGGGUUUUAUUUUAGGCUUUUUUUGUUGUUUUUUUUUUCUAGAACUAGAGUAAGCAAACAUCAUAAACUGAGUUCUCAUGCAAUAUGGCAGAGUCAUAGAGCUGCUUUUCUGAGCACCUUGUUAGCUUAUUUUAUUUAAUUUAUGAUUCUAUUUAUGCAUAUCUACUGUACAAUACUGCUCACAACCUGCUGGGAGUAAGCAGUAGAUGCCAGUAUCCAAACUCUAGGAGGAAAACAGAUCUGUUUUGAUAACAUGGACACAAGUCCCACAGGAUCCCCUACAAAGUUGGAUGUUUGGGGAAGGCCUUGGGCUUGCUUGUUUUAUAUGUACACUGGUCAAAGCCACUGCUACAGUGUUAGGCAGAGUAUUGACUAUAGUGGUUUCCUGUCAGGUUUGAUAAAUCUGGCACCUGGUUUCAUAUGCUGAAAGCGUUUUGCAGUAGAUGACUUGCUUUUUAUUUUUGGGCUUCCAGAUGGUGAGUUACAUGUGCUACAUGCAGAUUAAUAGUUGACUUCUUGGGGUUUUCUUUCUGUAAUGGGUCUGGAAGAGAUGGAGUUAACUUUCUUCAUAGCAUCCCAUAUGGGGCUGUGACUUAGAUUUAAAAUCUAAGCCCAUGUUGAUAACAUGCUGUUGUUUGGGCUGUUGCUGAACAACCCUUCCAGGGUCAAGUCUUUGUUUUUCCUGCUCUGCCCCCACAAUGAGUAGGCAGGAGAUUGGGAGUGAGAUGGCUGGGAACUGGCCAAAGGGCUAGUCCAUAUCAUAAAGCAUCACCUCAACAAUAAAAAGAAGGAAGAGGUAGAGAAAGAAGGGCGUGCAGGUUGUGUGGCUUCUAAGGUGAUUGUUUGCCAGCUGGCUGGCCAUCAGUCUGUCUGUGGGAGUAGGGAAGGAUUGCUUUUGCAUCACUUGGUGGUUUACUUUUCAUAUCUUCAUUCAUUAAACUCUUCAUCCCAGCCAGUGAGUUUGCUUUUGCUGCUCCUCUCUCCUUAUCUUGCUGGGGGCGGAGGAGAGAUAAGGGGACUGAUGGGUGUGCACAGGCACUUGGCUGCUGAGUGGGGUCAACCCAUAGCACCUUUUAAACCAUUUACAAAGUUCUUAGCAUCAAUUUAAACACUGAGGCUCUUGGAUCUUGGUGUAAGGCAACUUCAACAUCUGCCUUUCUGAACUGCAGGGAAAAUGAAGCAAAUGGCUUCAUCUUUGUGAUAUAUGAUGUCAUGUAAUAAACUGAAUUUAAAAGUUCAAAAUUGAAAUAAAAACGUAUAAACGGUUACAGUUGAAACUUUCAUCAGCUAAUCUAAAGUUACACAUGGGUAGACUUGUUUGGUUUUAUUAUAAAAAUAGUGUAUUUGAGUGUGAUCCAACUUCUGUGCAAAUGGUCGUCGCCAGCUGCAUUGCCUAGUCAAGUAACAUGAGGUGAGCCAAGAAUAAAGUGUAACAAAGUACCUCCUAAUGAAAAUACAUACUAUUUUUGCAAUGUUUGUUGCCAAAUAGCAAGUCUAAUCUUCAGUUUAUAUUACCUUUUGUGAGAGAAAGAUAAUUUGGAGCAAGAAUCUGACUGAUUGUCCAUUGAUGUCCUCUGUAUGAGUACUUAUUUAAAAUAAACAUACACUGCACCUUUUUGUGUGCACACAUGUUUCUUCUCCUGACAUCCUUUUGGAGGGAGGGAAAGAAAAUGCAUUUCAGAAGGCUCAUGUUUUCCCUCUACCACCACAUAAAUAGUAGAUUCCAUCUCUGGCAUAAAUAGCUGUGUCUAAUCCAUUGCUUGGUUUGGAGUUCAAGACAUUUUUCCUCUGACCCUUUUAUCAGUGUGACUAAUUGUGUGGAAGGCACAUCCUCAUCUGAGAAUGAGCCUAAGUAGUUUCAGAUAUACCAGAAAGUUGUGUUUGCAGCUCUACUUGAAAUAUAAAGCACCUGUGUGCCAUAUUUUCCCUGCUUAUAUCUUGUCAACAAAAGAUCUAUCUCUGUGUCUGUUGCAGACAGAAAUUUAAUUCGUUUUGUUGGGUGGAGAGGUGGGUGUUCUUACUGGAACCCCCUAAUUAACUUUUUUUUUCCCCUUCCCUAUUCUAUUUUAUUAAAACUUUUAAGCCCUGCCUUUGUCUGCUGUUCCAAAGUGUCUUUGGUUGCUGGCAGUUUGUUGCUGGUGCCUAAUCACACAGAAUUACCCUUCCACUUCAGCUGUGUCUAGUUAGCAUGUGCAAGGGGCAUCUACCAUCCUUGUUCCUUCAGGACCAGGCUCUGCAAAGGUGUUAGUUGCAGCUUUUUUUUUCUAAUAGAUGCUGUUGUAGCUGACCAAUAAAAUGCAAAGACAGUCCAAGAUUUUCUCAGGUAAGUAUCCUAACCCUAUUUUAUAUAUCCUAAUCAUAUCUAUCUAUAUAUCUAUCUAUCUAUCUAUCUAUGGCAAAUUUCAGGGCAGUUUUUCUUCUAAAACUUGAAGCACCCAUAACUUAGAAUAUCGCACUAAGCAGCUCCUUUUCUUUUUCCCUACAGGGAAAAUGAAAUCUGUUUGUUAGGUGAGUGAGUUCUAUGGUGUCAUCUGGUGUCUGUUAAUUUUCUAGAGACUACUCUGACAAUGUAAACCCCUUAAUUUUUCUAGAAACGCACAGACAAAACUUUUCUCUUGGAUUCAAAUAAAACCUUUAGCUAGCAAAAUCCAGAUUUGGCAUGAAAUAAGUAAUGCAAGAGACAUUUAAUGCUCUAAGACCCUUUCAUUUUGUGCAAGUACAUUCUUGAAAACUUCCUUUUCAUUAUUUUAUUUAAAAGUCAAAAUUGAAGAUCACUUCUGUAAUAAAAGUUUUGAAAAAUAAAUUGUCUGAAAUGUAGAUAAGUUCAACACUUAUACCUUUCAGACAUUUUAAUAAAAAAUAAAGCAUUACAAUAUUUGAGGGAUGAGAUAUGCUCACAGUUCAGAUCUAGCUAGCCAGCAAUCCCCAUUAACUGAGAAAUUAACUUUCAGGUGUGUCACCUGGUGGGAGUGCCAGCAGGGGACAGCUUUCUGCUUGGGGAGGACUACUGAUGUCUAAAGCAAAGCUAUUAAGGCAUUUUGUGUGAAGUAUUUUGCUCCAGAUGGAAGAAAAACCUUACAGGAUGGGAGCAGCUGGCCAUUUCUCCAAAGAAUGUAGCUAGGCAGAAAGUAUUGACAGAUUUGUUGUGCUAAGAGUUUUUAGAAGGUAAGAUUGCAGCACAGAACUUUGAUGUAAAAUUGGCCUUUAGUGCUGAGUCAGAAAGUGCUGUGCAAAGCUGAGGUCCUACUAAACAAAGCCAAACUUGCAUGCAUCCUCAAACACCCUGUUAGGAUAUUCACUCAGGAAAAGGGGAAUACAUUAGCGUUUGUCAAAAUACUCAGACAGGGCACCUGAUAAGAACCAUGUUAAAGUCAGUUACAUGCAUCUUUACAGUGAAAUCAUAUACUUUACCUCUUGCAUUUCAAAAUAAAAGUAAUUGUGGAAAUUGAGGUUGAGAAUCUCCUAAUUUGCUGAACUUUUAUAUGAGCAUUAUUAUUAUUUACUUUUCUGAAACACUGCUGCUGUAACAAAAAGUGCCUUGUAGCAGAACCUAUAUUCCCAGAAGAGCAGAAAUAAUUACUGUGAUGUGUCAUCCUGAUGAACAAUAUGCUGCCUCACAGCUUUUUUUUCCUUUUUGCUGAACACACUGCUCUAUAGACACCUGUGAAAUAAAACUAUAAUAAAUUGCUUCUAUUGUGUACACAUUGCAGCAUUGACCCUUGAAGUACCUUAAUGUUAUUUAUUGCUGCAUCCAAUGAAAAGAGCAGCAGAAUGACUUUAUUUAAAAAUCAAACUAAAUAUUUUUGUCUGCAUCUAUAGCCCUGGAAUUAAGCUCCUGUAUAACACAGUAGAUUUGGUUUUUCUGACUACAUAAUUGUAUAAAACACUCUUAGAUGUAGUAGGAUACUGUGCUAGGUCAAAUUAUUUACAAAUAUAUCCAUGAAGAAGAAUUUUUGGUGAUGCACAUGACAAUGGCCAUAAGAAUAUCUGCUAGAAUAUGGAUGGGCUUAAUUGCUUAAUGAAAAAUAUUAAGAAGUUUAUUUGUGAUUUUCUUCUUAAAACUCCAUGAGUUUCCCCAAGACUCAGCUCCUCAAGUCACAGUUCAUUUACACGGGUGUGUAAAAGUAGCAUAUUAGGUCUGUGAAGUCAAACAUUCACAGUUUAGAGAAAGCUGUAAUUCGGCUGGGUAAGUGCAACUGUUUCACUAGCAUGUGUGAAGCACUUGGAGUGCUCAGCUCUGGGGCCCCUGCAAAAAAGGACAUGAACCUGUUGGAGGAAGUCCAAAGAAGGGCCAAGAAGAUGAUCAGAGGGCUUGAGCACCUCUCCUAUGAAGGCAGGCUCAGAGAGUUGGUGUUGUUCAGCCUGGAGGAGAGAAGGCUCUGGGGAGAGUUCAUUGCAGCUUUCAGUACCUAAAAGAGGCCUUCAGGAAAGCUGAAGAGGGGCUUUUUAUGGGGGCAUGUAGUGAGUGAUAGGAUAAGGGUUAAUGACAUUAAAGAAGGUAGGGUUUAGAUUGGAUGUUAGGAAGGAAUUCUUCACUAUGAGUGGUGAGACAUGGGUUGCUCAGAGAAGUUGUGGUUGCCUCAUCUGUGGAAGUGUUCAAGGCCAGCCUGGAUGGAGCUUUCAGCUACCUGGUCUAAUGGAAGGUGUCCCUGCCUGUGACAGGGGCAUUGGAGCUAGGUGGUCUUGAAGGUGUCUUCUAACCCAAACCAUUCUAUGAUUUUAUCAUUUUGCCACACAUUUCCAUUAUCAAUUAUGAUUUCAUCAGAAUGCUGUUUCACUCAGCCUGUAGAAGAGACAGCCCUGCCUGCAUAGGCAGUUCACUAUCAGGGAGUCUCUCUCUACAUCAGUGUGUGAACCCUUGCCUUAUUUUCUAGCCUGUGCUGAAGACAUCAGAUCAUUGUCAUAUGGGUAUUAGCAGGAUCUCAUCCCAGCACCUGAAUGUUUCUUGAGGCUUAUCUCCUUAAAAUCGAGGAAAAUCAGGGCUGAAAGUCACUGAGAUUAAAGUAUCCAUUCAGUUGAGUCAAUUAACUUGCACUUCAAAGUAGUUAGUGUGAUAGUGAAGAUACUGAACUGAAUAACUUUGAAAUUUCAGGUGACUUGGCUUUAUAUCUUGGGAGUGCUUAGGAGCAUUGCAAAAUUGAGUAAUGGGCUCAAGUCAGACAUAUAUAACAAGAAAGUAAAGUAGCUCUUUGUGAAGCAGUGAGCUUAUCUCAGUUAUCUAAUAUCAUGCAGGGAGGCAGAAAGAAAAAAGAGGACAUAUAAAACUUGUUCCUAGAGACAGAAAUUUUUUGCCUGAAGCAAGACAAAAUCAUUCAGCUUUCCUGUAUUCCUUCAACAUGUUCCCCAUCUACCUCUCCCAAGGAUGCAGAACCAAUCUUCAGGAAUUUACAGCUCAUCUAACCUUAAAUGCAUGUAAGGGAUCUGAGUUCGGAGCUACAAGCAACCCUGACCAAUUUAUUUCUGUCAUUUCCUAAGCUUACAACAUCUGCCUCCAAAAUUAUUUGACCGUUUGUGUCAAAUAAUGUAAUGAAUGAAACCAAAAGUCUCUCUGUUCCACAAGUUCUGGACCACACUGUAAGUAUUGUUGGACUAAAUGAAUGGCAUAGGUCUGUGACGGUGUUCGCAGGGGUCCCAGGAUGAGGGAAGAGAUGAGAAUCUUGACUCCAUGUUUCAGAAGGCUUGAUUUAUUAUUUUAUGAUAUAUAUUAUGUUAAAGCUAUACUAAAAGAAUAGAAGAAAGGAUUUCAUCAGAAGGUUAGCUAAGAAUAGAAAAGGAAUGAAUAACAAAGGCUUGUCUCUGACCGAGACGGUCUGGACAGGUGGACUGUGAUUGGCUAUUAAUUAGAAACAACCAGAUGAGACCAAUCACAGACCCACCUGGUGCAUUCCACAGCAGCAGAUAAUCAUUGUUUACAUUUUGUUUUGUUGUCAUUUUUGAGGCCUCUAAGCUUCUCAGGAGGAAAAAUCCUAAGGAAAGGAUUUUUCAUAGAACAUGGUGGUGACAUAGGUCUAUUCCAAUUUAGCUAUUCUACUCCAUGUCACCACCACUCAAGCAAAAAUAGGGGCUUCUACUAAUGAAAGUUACAGCUAGAUUCAAACAGUAUUUGAGUUUUUCAGCUGGGUUUGGGCUGUAAGCUAACAGUAUAAUGCCAAAGGUGAAGGGAAGAGAACUAUGAAGAAAGACUAACUACAUACAACAUACAGCUGAUGCUUCACCACCAUUUUUUAUUAUUCAUCUUAGCCAGUCACUACAAACUUGGUCAACAAACUCCUUGUGAACAUUUGACUGGAAAUGUGUGCCCAGAGAACUACAAUUUGUGAGAGAGUGUCAGUCUUGCUGUGACUGCACAAAAAGGCAUUGUGAUUGACUUUCCAAGAAUUGGGCUGAGAGGGUUUUAUAAAGCUUUAAAAAAAAAGCACAUAAGCUUCAUUUAGGUCUUUUACUAAAUUAAAAGCUUUCCCCUCCCUCAAUAAGGAAAUUAUAUUAAGCAGUCAUGAAGUCAUACCUAUGGUCUCAAAAACCUUUGUUGAAGUUUCUACAACAGCAUUGUUCAGGCCUUGCCUUCUCCCUCUUCACCCUCAGAUCUCCAGUCACAAUCUACCACCACCUCAACCACAUAAUGGGACAGGCAGCAUUGACACACUGGGAAGAUUAAAAAGCUGUAUCUAUAUCCAACAAAUAAAGAAAUUUUAACCAAGAGCAACCUGGUGAUUAGGUGACUGCCAUGGGUUGGAUGACAGGAUGUUACCUUUGGAGUGCUGGGUGCUUCAGUAAGAUCUCUGUGAAGCAAAAUUUGCAGGUGAGGUCACUCUUGUUCUCAGCUCAGCUUUUUGCUUCUCUGCAAAUGCUCUUCUUGGGAAAUUCUCAUCACCAAAUGUUCUAGUAGAUAAUGAAUUAUGGUAGUGUUUGGCUUAGUUUGCCUUUCCCUUGACACACAGAUAAACACAGAGGAGUUUUUUAAAACCAAAUUAGGAAUGUGUGUUUUGGAAAAUACUGCAGUGUCUUUAAAAACAAUGAAGUGGUAUUGUGACAAUAAAGCAUUUGGUUUUAGCUCAACAAGUACUGCUCUCUAUAAAAUCUGAUUCUGCAUAGACUAAUAAAAAUUCAAGGGCAUGUGCUGUACAUUGCCUGAGCCCUCACAGAUUUCUGCAGUUCAAAAAGUAUAAGACAAACAUGAGAUGUAGUGAUGUCUCUCAAAGCAAAGUGAGUUCAAUGUUUUCAGAGGAGCUGGAUAUGUAGUGGUGUUUGAGAGGCUCUUUGGAAGGAAACAAGCCUCAGGCUCUCUCCAUGCUUUAUUCCUAUACAGCAGGAAUUUUCAAGCUGUACUCAGGCCAAUGGCAUCCUUAAGUUAAGCUCAAACCCAAGUAGUUGCAAAAAUGUACCUUAAUGAGCAGCCUCAUGAAAUGCAGUAAAAACCUAUGCUUGCCAUUCAAUUCACAAGUGAAAUUUAGUAAUAACAAAUGAGAGUUUUUUAAAUUGAAAGCAGCUAUUUUUGUACAUGUUCUUUUUCUCAUAAUCCUAUUCCAAGAACUAGAAAAAAAACCUUUGAUUUUUUAACAAUGAAAACUGCUCAUGACUCAGUUAUUAAGGGCUAAAGAAUGAAAUAGCAAGACAGAAAUAUGUGUUUUGAAAGAGAAGUAAAAACAUUAGGUAUGGGAGGUGUUGAAUAUAAGAAAAUAAAGAUAGUGCAGAGGGCAAUCUCACCCCUGAGGAGUUGCAGCUGUGCCAAUCACCAAAGAUUAAGAACAGGCCUGCCCUUAACAGGCCACAGAUGUGUCCCAUGAGGAUGAGUGCUAUAAAAGAGUGGGUUAGCUGCUGGUGAAGACAGUUGGAGUCAGUGCUGCAAGGAGCUGUCCACGAGAAAUCACUGAGAAGCUAUGGGAACUUUGCAAUAAGAUGACUGCUAUGAGGGGUCUUUGUGUAGCUAUGUGCUGAAGUCAGGAGUGAGUUCAGAAAAGGAGAAUAAUCAUUCAAAGUUCAUUGAAGUUUUCAGUAAGACUACAUUACCCAGUGACAAUGAAAACUAAGCUUUGCCAUUUGCUACCUAUCAAAUUCUUCACUUUAUUCUGACAAACCUGGGUGGCACCUGCUGGAGCCCACUGCAUGUAUUCCUCUUGCAGAGGAGCAUGGUUACCUGACAUUCCAGCAUCAGCAUCUGCAAAGGUGGGGCUGACAUACCUCAGCCUGCUGGGCCUUUGGAGGCAACAGAGACUCUGGAGGGCUUUGUGGAGUCUGUGCAAGACAGGAAAAUGGUAAAAGUUACAGAGCUGAGGAGAGGAUUUAUUUUACUCUGCACAAUGGGAUGGCUUUACUCAAUCUGCUUUGCUUGCAGAGCAGAGGUCUCUCUUCAAAGUCUUAACUUGUACUUCUGUCACUUGUAUCUUGUACAAGGUAACCCUGCUGUGGAAUUCAAAGCCCCUCUGUCUCUGAGCAUGCACACUUUCAGGCAAAGGUGAGACCUCGGGUGCCAAGGCUCUUGGGACAGGGCCCAUUUGGUGAAUGAUGACAUUAGGUUAUGUAUUUCAGGCAGCUGGCACUCUGCACCUCUGUCUUUACCCCUGUUGACUGAAUGUUUGAGAUAGGAAGAGACAUUCAUAACUUGCCUCUAAUACACAGUGAGGUUUUCCAAAUAGAUUAUGAUUGAUGCUCUCAAUUAUUUUUGUCAAGGUCUGUAGAAAACUCUGUGUUAUCCAUUUGUCAGCACUUGCAACAAAGCUGUUUUCUGAACAGAAUUCUCCUUAUCAGAUAUGAAAAUCUGGUUAAAUAAAGAGGACUGGGUAAACUUCA